AUGAAACGAAGGUCGAAUUGUGUUUGUGUAGACAUUGUAAAUAUGGAAUUUAAUUUUAUUCAAAUGGGAAAUGAAGCAGCUUAUGAUUCUGUGGAAGCAUUAAUUUUAUGCUACAAAGGGAACAUUUCGUUUUGGAAGUUCGGCACGUUUAGCGUGAAAGCAUACGGAAAACAUUUCAAUGGCUAG